CAAAACCCACAAUUGUUUCCGUCUUUGUUUCCUCGUUGAGUUUCACUUUCAUUUCUCGGUAACUAUUCGAAUCGCCUUUCGCCCGGAGCCAGGUCGGAGCCCCGCUCUCGUCGCACUAGCUCGGUGUAACUUGUCACGGAACGACCGAUCAUGUCUUCGUCCUCCAUCUCCACGUUCGUGGCCGAGACGCUGUGCGACCACCGGGGCUGUUGGGACUUCGGGCCCCUGGAGGCGGCGAUCGCACGGAGUUUCCCGAACGCGCAGCCGGCGCAGCUGCGAAGUGUCCUGUUCGACGACGGCAGAAUAGCCAUCAGGCCCGGCAGGGGGAAGGCGAGCCCCGGGCUGAUGAUCAGCGCGGACAGUCUGGUCGUGGCCAAGACCGACCUGCGGGUCUGCCAGAAGAAUUGCGGGCAGUGUCAGCAGCAGUGCGACGGGUUGCACCUGUGCAGGUACCUCGUCUCCGGCGUCUGCACGUUCGGACACAAGUGUAAAAAUCCCCAUAGUCUGGCUUCUCCACACAAUGCGGAGCUGCUAAAGAGACACGGCCUUUUCCAAUUGACGGAAAAACAGCUGUUCCAGCUGUUGCUGCAGAAUGAUCCGUAUCUGCUUCCUGAGAUAUGCAUCCAUUACAACAGGGGCAACGGUGCGCACGGCACCUGCAAGUUCGCCGCCUCCUGCACCAAGCUUCACGUCUGCCAGCACCAUUUCCAGGGGGACUGUAAGUUCGGCUCUUCCUGCAAGAGAAUUCAUAACAUCGACGCGAAUGCAUUGAAGAGCUUCCGCGGAUUAAGUCAGGAGAAUUUGGAGAACCUUUGCGAGAUCUACCAAAAUAAAUGCAUCAUCACGGGUCCAUUGGCUCCAGCUGUCCCAGCAGAGGCGUCAGAGGUGAGAACACCCACUCGGGGGCCUUCCCGCAGCGACCCCCCCAGAGCUCCCACAAGUUCCGCUUGUGUAUCCAAACCCACGACGAUUGAUGCUGACCAGAAUGAAAUCUGCCUCUUCUUCAUUCGCCGUCAUUGCAGCUUCAAAGAUACGUGUGUUCGCGUCCAUUGGCACUUACCUUACAGAUGGCAGGUUUUAGACGGCGACGGUGUGACCUGGAAAGAUUUGCCCGAUAUGGAGGACAUCGAGAAGGCCUACUGUGACCCUGCAAAUGACACAAGCUGCACGACUCAAGGAUCCCCCAACCCAGGGAUUUUGAGUUUCUUUAAAUUUCAAAGUUCUGUGUCGCACGUUUCGAAGGCAGCUGACUUCAAGACAAUGAGAUAUGGAGGUUCUCCAGUUCGUCGACUGUCCACUGCCGCCUCGGUGUCGAAGCCCCCUCACUUCAUUCUUACAACAGAGUGGCUGUGGUACUGGAAGGAUGACACUGGGAUGUGGCUGGAGUUUGGACAGGGUGACGGUGACACACCAGCCUCUGUCACUUCUCAAACUCUGGAGAAUGUGUACCUGGCUGACAGAGAUACAGAGAUUCCUUUCGGUGCUGGCGCACAUCAAUACGUUCUCCACUUCAAAGGUGAACCAGGAAUGCAGAUGUAUCAAGAGAACUUGAAGUACAAAACCAAGAGAGAGGUCAGAAGGAGGCCUCGCUUUGUUUCUGCUCUAGAUGUGAAGGUGAAGCUGGAGAGUCCAUCAUCACAUACGUCCAGCUCCCCCGUGGCUGAAAGUGUCCCAUCCUACUGGGACAAGAAUGCCCUCCCCGAUUUUGGAUACAAGCUCGUACGUUUCUCCGAAUCUGCAAAGGACUAUAAGAUGAUCGAGAUGUUAUUCAAGCGCACUAUGCCGCAGGGGAAAAUUAACAGCAUCCAGAGAAUCCAGAACCCCUCACUGUGGAAAGUCUUCCAAUGGCAGAGAGAGCAGAUGACGAAGAGCAACGGAGGGAAACCUGUGAAUGAGCAUUAUUUGUUCCAUGGGACAGACGCGUCCCUGAUCGAAGCCAUCUGUGAGCAAAACUUCGACUGGAGGAUGUGUGGUGUCCAUGGUGUGUCCUACGGCAGAGGGAGCUACUUUGCCAGAGACGCGUCCUACUCGGACAGAUACGCCAGGAUCAAGACAACCCUGAACAAGGUCAUGUUUGUUGCUCUGGUCCUGGUGGGGGAGCACUGCAGGGGAGUGAGCAGCUACGUCCGACCCCCACCAAAAGGAAAGGGCAGAGCCCUCUACGACAGUUGUGUGGACUGCGACAGCAACCCCAGCAUCUAUGUCAUCUUUGAAAAACAACAGAUUUACCCAGAGUAUCUUAUUAAAUACUCGUAAAUCAUGGAGCUUUUUUUGGGGGGGAAAAAACUCUACUUUGACUUGUAGGAACUUGUGGCUUUGGUAAAAGGUUUGCAAAGUUUUAUUGAGGUGGAGGAAGUAUUGAGCUCCUUUACGAAAUGUAGUUAAUUCCUAAAUUUUUAAAAUUGACUUUCAGACUUUUUGAAGCUUUUGGUGGUUGGAUCUAUUGCAAAGCAUUUAAUACUGUAGACUAAAUUGUAAAAGUAAAUUGGAUUUUUUUUUCUGUAUGAUUGCAGUGUAUCCUUGUGAAUAUGAAAGAAAGUAUAGAAACCAAGCUUUUAAAAAUUAAUUUUUAUGGUUAGUGUUCUAAAAAUGUCUUUCAUUUAUUAAUCCAUGUCCAAAUAAGGGUUAUGGUUUAUACAUUCAUGUAUAUGUUGUAGUGUUUAUGUAAUAAAAAACAUUUUAAAAUGCCCA